AUGGCUUACAAACUACUCGGGUUACAUGACUUGGAUUUUCGUGUUUACAAUGUUAUCAGCCAAAUUGAUGAGGAUAAGGUUGAUGAUGAGGUUGCACAAAUUGGUGACGAUGUUGAUGUCACAUUUCAAUUAAUGCAACAAUUUGUGCAAAAAAGGAAGGAUGAGCAACCUGUUAAGAUAUCCAAUGAAGUGGAUAAGUACUUGACGGAUCCUUUUGAGAGCCCUUUGAGCAAACAAUUCAUCUCUUGA